AUGACCUCUAUGACCAUCGGACAUGUCAUCCGUGACAGGAGUCAAGAUCAAGGACAAGAAACCCAAUCUACUACAAGCAAUGAGGACUGCUUAGAAAGCCACACCUACAAUAGAAGGGAAACACUACUUGAGGAUCCAGAACACCAAGCUACCCUUCGUAUUUGGGAGCUUAAAGACCUCUCAGUUGUGAGCACCUGGAGCCAAGCCCAGAGAGAGGCUGCACUUCAAAUCCAAAAGCAGAUGAUGGAGGAUUAUGAUCAUGUCACCCAGCUCUACAAUACUACCCUCCAGAAGAGUCGAGAGGAGAAGGCUACAUAUGAUGACAAUAUCAGCCAGCUACAAGAGGUUAUCCAAGCUCAUGAGCAGACAAUGGCAGGACAAGCUGCUGUUGUGAAAUAUCUUGAAGAAGUGGAUGUGGCUGCGCACUCAUAG